AUGUCGUCGACACUUAGCGAAUCAGAGGUGCAAGAGAUCUACACGUUCGCGAUCGAGCUAGCACGCAAAGCGGGGCGGGCCAUCGUGGAGGGAUCCUCGCGUCGAUUUUCGUCGUCGGCCGGGUUCGAUCAGAAGAAGAACACGGCGGACCUGGUGACUGAAACGGACCAGGCUGUCGAGGAGCUCGUCAAGCGGGACAUUUCGACGCGGUUCCCUGAGCAUGCAUUUAUCGGGGAGGAGAGCUGGGCGGCUGGGCAGGAGAAUGCCAUCGGCGACGCGCCCACUUGGAUCGUCGACCCCAUCGAUGGGACGACCAACUUCGUGCACGGCUUCCCGUACACGUGCAUUUCGAUCGGCAUUGUGAUUGGGAGGAAGGCGACGAUCGGAGUGGUGUAUGCGCCCUUCCUGGAUACGCUGUACCACGGGUGCGCGGGCAAGGGGAGCUACGUGUCUUCGCCGCAGCACCCAACGCCGGCGCGGUUGCCGCUCGCCGCACCCACGCCGCUGCCCGCGCUCAACCAGGCGCUCGUCGCGUUCGAGUGGGGCUCCGACCGCCGCAGUGCCGUGCUGCAGAAGAAGCUCGCGAGCUUUGCAAAGAUCACAGGCGACGCAGAGGGCGGCGUCGAGGGCGGCAAGUUCGCCCAGGGUGUGCGCUCGAUCGGCUCCGCCGCACUCAACUUUUGCAGCGUCGCCAGCGGCAGCUUGGACCUCUACUGGGAGAUCGGCUGCUGGGCCUGGGACGUGUGCGCAGGCAUCGUCAUCGCUCAGGAGGCCGGCGCUGCCGUGGUGGGCAGCAAGCAACACGCGAACCAAGUCAUCAACGCUGACACGCAACGCUUCAACGAGGUGACCCCGGAGUUGCUGACCGGCCGAAAGUACGUCGUGGUGCGAAACAUCGACGGCAAGCACGACGAGGCAAACCGCAAGGCUCAGCGACAUAUUUUGAACGAGUUCUACAGCUGCGUUGACGAAUGGGACCCCUGA